AUGGGUACGGAUGUAACCUCUGGGGUGCGCAGAGGCGGUUUGGGAAGAACGAGCGGAGAGAGUCAGACUUUCGCGAAGAUUUGUGGCGGAGAUCCGUCUCCAUCUCUUCCAGCCAACACGCGAGCUCCAUGCCCCACUCCCGGGACGGAGCCAGACGAGUUUUGGUCGCAGAAUGCGUAUGACAGCAUCAACCCCAGCGUCCACCCUAGUAGUGUCGAUCGUAGCAGACUUGAGCCUAGCAGAGUUGAUCCUAGUAGAGUCACCAUACCUGGCGACCGCGGUGAAGAGUGUGUACACUGCUGUUGUGGGAUGUGGACCGAAAGCGAAACCUCCGAGCCGGAUUAUCCUCCUCGGGCCAACGGGCACGGCAUCCGUGCCGGCACGCGGAACGCGCGAGAGAACAGAUUUCGGGUAGUUGGCGACAGCCGUCUCGAGCCUUACUGUAGCCGUCGUGCGCAUAACAACGAUAAACACAACGCGCAAACGCGCCGCCUGCUUCCGGGCUGUCGAGGACAUUGUCCCGGUCUGCACCGUGAUUGUUUGUCUGUCUCAGAAUCUUGCUGCUACGACUCUCGUCAUCGAAUGUUACGGUUCCAAAACAAUUCCUCAGGAAGUAGUUGCAGCCAAACAAGCUUUGAGUAUUCUCUCAAGGACACCUAUUCGAGAAUCGUAAGACGAAGCUGUUGGUGCACGGUUGCCAUAGUGAUCACUCUGGCCAUAUCAUUCUGUGCCUUGUCGCUUGGGGUAUUCAACUUCUUCCUCACAAAAAACUUGUUGUGCAUAUCACGUGCGGUCGAUGCCGGAGAAGAAUGGAAAUGCUAUUCGUCUUUGCCAGAGCUUCUUAUGGCAGCAAAGCAGGCCAGUACAAAAGAUGAAGCAUGGAUGGAUUCUUCAGAAGCACUAGAAAAGAAGAUUAUUGAAGCCCUCCCGCAGUCACAGUUGUCUUUAAACAAACCAAGUGGAACUUUUGAACUGGAAAAAAUUAGUAGAUCUGGUAGGGGCAAUGUUAGGUGGAAAAGUAGAAAUGGGUUUGGUUUGUACCUGAAAGAUGAAGGGAAACAAGUCCAUGUUAACACAAGUGGCAAAUACAGCGUUUAUUUUGAGCUUUUUUCCAACGAACCCCUCGAAAUCAAACUGUUCAAGAAACAAGAAAAUGACCAUAAACGACUGGUUACGACGAAGAAGGGCGAGAGGAGGAUAUCCCUGCAAGCCAUUGUGGAGCUUGCCUCGCACAACUCCCUGUACUUCGAGUGUGACGACACGUCGUCGUUGAAAGAUGAGGAUGCUUAUGCUUAUUUCAGUUUGUUUAUGAUUUGACAUGUUUUUAAAUUCCAAUUUGACAGAACCCAUAUUUGCUUAUAUACGAUGUAUUAUUCUUUGGCCCCACAGUGUUCCAAAACAAACGUGUGGUCCUCACAUGAUCUGUGAAGUCAGGAACUCCAUAUUUGCACGUUCUGAAUUCACGAUCCCGCAUAUCGUUUGUCUUUUACAGUUCUAUCAUGUUUACUUACAUGUAGAGGGUAUCUCUCUCUAAAAUAAAAUCAAGUUUUUACCCACGCUUUUUCGGUCAAUUUAAAGAAAUCUGCCUUUAAAAUUUUAAGGGCUUGGAAGUUUCUAGCGCCAUAAUCGUGUGGAACUGAAUGUAAUCACGGCGGCCGACAAAACAGGGGUAGAACUUGGCCAACCUCAAUCUGUGACCGUGAGGUGGGUGCAAUGGUCACCGAUUGGACAUCUGAAGGCUACAUUAGUAACACUGCCCAGCUCAAAAUAACUCGUUUCUUCUGGAAAGGACGCAUGUCUCAGUUUGCACAAGCACUAUAAGGUUACACCUUUACUGAGGCAAAGAAGUGAAGACAGGUGAAUUUGAUUUGAAUCGAAAUGGUUGUUAAAGAAAUCGUGGACAGAAAUUUCCAUAGCUGUGAUUUCAUCCUAUAUCAUGAAUGAGUACUUACCAUAUUGGACAAGGCCAAUAAACACUAUUAGCACAACUAUAUUGCAUGUUCAAACCAUUUUGGCCUUAAUCGCAUAAUAAGAUUAAAGUUUGUAGCGAGUGACAUUUUUUAUGGAUUAUAAGGUUAAAUUAUUACGCAGUCACUUUUUGUUUAAUUGUUGGUAGUUGUUGUUGUUGUUUUUAUUUCUGAUCAGCUUUUUUUCUCUCCGCUCCAUGCAGUUUCCUUGAAAAAAAUUUCGACUUUAUUUCGGUUUUCCAAACAUGUAUUAGAACUUGGGUCAAAAGUGUUUAUAGCGUACAUUUAAUGAUGGUUACAAUACAUAGCACAGCUAUGUAUGGAUGUAUACUGUAAAAUGUAUAUAUCUUGCUACGUGUAACAAUAACUUUGUGUGUACAUUCUAUGUAUAUAGUGUAACCUGUUAAAUUGACAGAAUACUAUCUUUUACUUGGUGAUGACAGAAUAGAUUAUGCUAUUGAUACAUACUAUUAUGUUAUAUACAACAGACAUGCUCUGUUAUCCCAACAGAAUAAUUUUGUUGGGUAUUUUGUCAUGUUUAUAACAUAACAUAACAUUGUGUUGUUGUGGCGUAAUCUUAUUCUGGCAUAACUCAGGCAUCAUAAUCUUUACAACUGAACGGAUUAGCUUUUACAGUGUAAGUGCUCUAUAUAUAU